CGGAAUCAUUCCGAUUUCAAGGGAGUGCUUCCGCAUGCAGGCACUCGAAGUGAACCGCGGUCCUCAAGUCGAAUCCGGCGUAUUCUCGAGGCCGUCGGUAAACAGCGUAGCGUCUUGGGUGGUUCCAGCAGGUCAAGAGCAGGAGAUCAGGAAAGCAAGACAGCCUGGUCGGGUAGCGGCAACCAUGGAGGCUUCGAGGAUUCGCAUCCCGCUACGAUCAGAGGGGGA